CUGAAACCUUCACGAAGUGGCCACAGAAUGCAAUCGGCGAUCAAGCGGAGCCCUCAUCCUGUUGUUGAGGACGACGAGAAGCCGCCGUUCGACCCCUGGAGCGCCCGCCAUCGAAGUAACCACCUCCAGCUCCAUUCGUACAAGACUCCGCCCAAAACGUACGUCGAAGUAAAAAUUGGAGGCCACCCUCUCGACCACCGACACGCCGACUUCUCGCAUCCACCAACCGUCCACGCGCCAAUGAAAGUGGCCCCGAAAGAACCGAGCGGGAGCAACCAAGCGUCGAUUUACCAAGUCCAGCACAAGGAACGCAUGCAGUACGUCGAAGUCAAGAUCGGCGGACACCGGUACGACCACAAGCGAUGCGUGGCCGCCGACGAGGUGCUCGUGGGGUUCAACGAUCAACUGGCGAGCAUCGAGAGCAGUGGCACCGGGUGUUGCUUGUGUCUGCGAGAGUUGCAGCCCCUGGUGCAAUUGUAUUGCCGCCACGCCGUGUGCGUGUCUUGCUUUGACUCGUCCACACACAAUAGCACGCGGGUUCUAUGCCAAGUAUGCUUUCAAAAAGUGCCGUUUCUACGUCCGCAGAUGAUGCUGCCGCCGCCGACUGCCGCCCCUGGAACAACUGCCUUUUCUGCAUACUCGUUGGACCUCCUCCAUGGCGUGGACAUCGACAAGGCGACGCUGGCCAUGUCCUGUGUCGGCAUUGGGUACAUGGGCCCGAAAGUCGUCGAGCGCGUCGGCCACGCCUUGCGCGGCAUGUCCAUCGGGUCCUCCGCCGCCGUCGUCGUAUCCCCUCCUUGCCCUCCAUCCGUGUCGACCUUGAUCAAAGACAAGGCUGCCGACACAGACGGCGCCCAGCGGUGGCGCAGUCGCGUGCAGAUGGUGCUGGAACCAUCCAAGUUGCUGCGUUAUGAAUACGUGCACUCGCUGGGCAAGGGCAACUUUUCAGAAGUGAUGCUCAUGCGCAAGCUGUCAUCGAGUCGCGUCCCUGACGGCGACAACGCAGCAGCCUCGAUGGCGCUGUGUGUGUUGAAGGAAAGCGACAAGCUCCAGGAAGCCAUGAACGAAGUGAGUUUGCUCUCGAAAUUUCAAAACCCACACGUGGUUCGACUGCAUCGGUACUUUAUCGAACAAGUAGGGCACUUGCAUUAUGCGUACCUGGAACUCGAGUAUUGCGACGCGGGCAACCUAGACGAAUACGUGGCCUUGCAUGGCAAAGUACCCCACGACAUGUUUACCCGCAUCAUGCUGCAGCUGUGUUCUGGUCUGGCAGAAGUCCACCGCCACCACGUCGUCCAUCGUGACCUCAAGCCCGCGAACCUCCUUCUCACCGUGCGACUAUAGUCGAAUCUCAUUGUCCAAACGAAAUGAGCCUUGCUGACCCGUUCUAGUCGGAUGGACUGGUCAAGAUCUCGGACUUUGGCGUGUCCACAUGCUUGGAUAGCGCGCUGGUGACUCGCCACGCCGCGGGCACCAUGUCGUUUAUGGCGCCGGAAGUGCGGCAAUACUUUCUGGGGGACUCGGUCGCGUACGACUGGGCAGCGGACAUUUGGAGUCUCGGCGCCGUCGCCGUCGCGCUCUUGACAGGACAACCCGAGCCGAAAGUCGCCACCCGACCAGUUGAUGACGUGGUGGACGCGCUGCGGCGGCAGCAGGUCCCAGAUCACUUUUUGAGGGCGGUCCAUGGGGCGUUGGCCCCCGACCCGAAGGCCCGCGCGACACUCGCGCAAUUUCAGUCGUGGAUUGCAACCUCGUAUUCGAAACUCUAAUUUAUUCAUCCCCCCCUCUGCAUGAUUGUUGUACUAUUAAUAGUAUGAUUUGAC